AUGCGUUUUGUUUUUGUUGUUGUUAUUCUGUCUCUUUUUGCAGAUUUUAUUGUGGCGCUCAAGGAUGUUUCUGUAAUGAUACCACAGGCAGUGAAACGUGGCAGCAAUGCCCUGUUCACCUGUAAUUACGAUAUGGAAAAUGAUACGCUAUAUUCGGUGAAAUGGUAUAAAGGCAAGCGUGAGUUUUAUCGUUAUACGCCCAAAGAGAAUCCAGCUAUGAAAGUGUUUGCCAUGUCAAGUGGUCUCAAUGUGGAGCGCAACCUUUCGAAUCAGAGCCAUGUCGUACUGCAGUCGGUGCCGCUGAAUAUUUCGGGUAAAUUUACAUGCGAAAUAUCCGUGGAGGCUCCCACUUUCCAAACAGCAAUGGUGUCCGGCGAAAUGGAGGUGGUUGAACUACCGGAAGAGCACACAGUGGUUACCGGUAUACAGGCACGUUAUCGCAUUGGCGAUUUGGUCGAUGGCAAUUGCUCAAUUAAAUACUCGAAACCGGCUGCUAAUUUGACAUGGACUAUUAAUGGUAUUGUGGUUCCCCCACAUCACAUAAAGACGUAUCAGAUUGAGAAGCAGGAGAAUUCCACUCUGGAAUCAGUUACAAGUGCCAUACAUUUCAUGGUCACCACUCAACAUUUUCUCAAGGGUCAGAUGAGGCUUAAGUGCACUUCAACCAUCUUUGACAUAUUCAAAGAGGAAAUCGAAAGUGUCAUCGAAGAGGAUAGGCCAAGAAUAAUGGCAUCGGGCAGAUCCUAUGAUAUCAACAACUAUCCCCUAGAGGAGCAUGCAAAUGGUGGUGAGAGGAACGGUGGAUAUGAGGAUCAUAAUGAAUCAUAUUUGACCUAUUAUUCGGCGGAUAGCACAUCGGGUGCUUCGACAGCUGCACAUGAAGUCUUUUUGUACACUUGGCUAACGAAACUAACAAAAGUGCUCGGCAACAGGCUAAAGGGGGCGUGGCAAUUGCAUGAUGCAUUCGCUUCAUGGAUUAGCGUUGGAGGAGGAGCAGCAAGUGUCCUAUUCUGUUGGCUGUUGGCCCAUCAAAUUAUCGACUGUCAAUACACAAAGGCGAGGCAAGUGGAACGACAAACGGCGAAGCAACAGUCAUCGUUGGACAGGACGAAGGACAUCAAAUGCUUUUAUAAUUGUCAAAUGGCAACACUUUGCCAUCAUCCAGGCAAUCUGGCUGAGAACGUGGAUACAAAUCCGAAUGCGACUGCGAAUGCGGACAACGACACGAAUAUGGAUGCGGAUGCGGAUGCAGUUGCGGAUGCGAAUGCGAAUGCGGAUGGCAAUAUUGCAAGUGUCGUAGUAAACGCUGGCGAUGAUUUAACUGCCAUGGAGCGACAUCAGCAGCUGUCAGCGACACUUGCUGCUGUUGGAAAGGAUGUGGCUGAUUCUCGUAUGGCAGUGGAAGGGACAUCCAGGGCAGUCGGAAUGGAAGUGGGUGUAAAAGUAGCCAGGCUGGAUCAACGAUUAUUGAUGACUUGGCGGCGAAUAGCAGAGUCGAAGUGCAUCUCAUGCUGAUGCUGAAUUGAUGAUGAAAUGCAUUUCAAAAAGUAGCUUAAGGUGCUCGCUCCUUUUGCAGCAGCUCCUUCUCUCCUUUUUUGCCCUUUUGUUGCUUUCAUUUCUCCUUUUGUUUCAGUUUGGGGUUUCAAUUCGUUUAUUUCGUUUCUUUUCUUUUAUAGGUGAAAAAUGUGCAAUGUAUUAAUUAAUAUAUGAAAAUUAAUUGCAUUGCGCCAGCUGUUUGUAGUCCUUAAGUUAACACAUAAGAGAAAAGUAAAGCCAAAAAGAAAAUAAUAAUUUAAGUUAAGCAAACGGAAAGUAAACGAGCAAAGAAAAAAAAACG